AUGAGCGGAAAGCGCACCCGCAGCUAUAGAUGUGCUGUGCACCAACGCGAUCGUGAGGUCAGCUCCGAGAACGACUUCCAUCUAAUCCUUGAGGAUCCCACGUUAUUCGCCAGAAUGGUGCAUCUUGUAGCGAUGGAGAUGCUCCCGGAGGAGCGGGACCGAAAGUACUACCAGGAAAGGUAUACUUGCUGUCCACCGCCCUUCUUCAUCAUCUGCGUCACGUUACUAGAGCUAGGUGUAUUCGCGUGGUACGCUUGGGGUUCAGGUGGCAUGGCAGCAGCGGCCGGCCCAGUGCCUGUAGACUCACCUCUCGUGUAUCGGUCCGAUAGAAGACGAGAAUUAUGGAGGUUCCUCACAUACAGCGUAGUGCAUGCUGGCUGGCUGCACCUGGCGUUCAAUCUACUAGUACAACUUGCAGUGGGUCUGCCCCUGGAAAUGGUUCAUGGGGCUUUACGCUGUGCAGCAGUCUAUCUAGCAGGCGUUUUAGGCGGGUCCUUAGCGGCGUCCGUUCUGGACCCCGACGUGUGCUUGGCGGGCGCCUCGGGCGGUGUAUAUGCUUUGUUAGCCGCACACUUAGCCAACGCCCUCCUAAAUUUUCAUACCAUGAGGUAUGGAGCCGUAAGACUCGUGGCCGCACUAGCCGUAGCAUCGUGUGACGUCGGCUUCGCGGUGCACGCUAGAUAUACCAAGGAGGCGCCGCCGGUGUCGUACGCGGCGCACGUGGCGGGCGCGCUGGCGGGGCUGACCAUCGGGCUGCUGGUGCUGAAGCACGCGCAGCAGCGCCUGUGGGAGCGCCUGCUGUGGUGGGCGGCGCUGGGCGCGUACGCGGCGUGCACGCUGUUCGCCGUGCUCUACAACGUGUUCAGCGCGCCCGUGGACGAGCUGCACUACCUGCCGCCCGACCCGCCGCCCAUAGCCGGCUUCUGA